CUGUGCGUGUGUGUCUGUGCGUGCGUGUGUUCGCCCCUCAUCACGCCGCUCGUCACCAGUUACAACCUCGACACACACACACACACGCGCGCUCCUCGCACACACGCCGCCAUCCUGCGUGUGACACCGCUGGUGCGUUAGCCUGCUAGCUAACAAGCUAACGGACGUCUGGACGCGCGGUCCCGUUCCCUCCUGUGUUUGUCGCGCGGUGAUGUUCAGGCGUCUCCGUCGCUGAGGCACCGGGACCAUCUGCAUCUCCCCCCCCGCUCCUCGGCUGACCGGGAGCCGCCAUGGAGUGCCGUGUGCUGUCCAUACAGAGCCAUGUUGUCCGGGGAUACGUGGGCAACAAGAGCGCCUCGUUCCCGUUACAGGUUUUAGGUUUUGAGGUGGACUCCAUUAACUCCGUCCAGUUCUCCAACCACACAGUGUGUGACCCCGUCCUCGGAGAUCAUGGAUCUAUGUAUGUUCCCCAGAAUCUUUAUCCGGUCUAUAAGAACAAGGUGGUUCCUGUUGCCGACAUUAUUACUCCCAACCAGUUUGAGGCAGAAUUACUGACGGGGAAAAACAUCAGCACAGAGAAAGAUGCUGUCGAGGUCAUGGACCUUCUUCAUGCUAUGGGCCCAGACACGGUGGUCAUCACCUCGUCUGAUCUGCCCUCCAGAUUGGGAGACCGCUUCCUGGUGUCGCUGGGCAGCCAGCGUCAUGUUCGUCCAGACGGCAGCAGGACAACACAGAGAGUUCGGAUAGAAGUUCCCAAAGUGGACGCCGUCUUCGUAGGAACCGGAGAUUUGUUUGCGGCAAUGCUGCUAGCGUGGACGCACCACUACCCCAAUGACCUAAAGACGGCCUGUGAGAAGACGUUUUCGGUGAUGCACCACGUUAUCCAGAGGACCAUAUCUUAUGCUCACGAGUUAGCCGGUCCUGGUCGGAGGCCCAGUCCGCCCCAGCUGGAGCUGAGGAUGGUUCAGAGUAAAGCGGACAUAGAAGACCCUGCUAUAGUCACGAAGGCCACGGUCAUAUCCUAACAUUACCCGCCCAUGAGACUCAUACUAACCUUGUGCUCUUCACCCAUGAAUCUCUCAAAUCCUGUAUCUCGGUAAAUCUCUCAUCACUGUAAAACUUGUCAUAUCCCAACUUCAACACGUCAUCAUCCAGACUCCUGAAACCCCUUAGUAUUGUGACCCCUUUAGUCCUCUCACCUUAAAACCUUUACCCCUUGAACUCCUCAGUGUCCGAACCCCUUAAACUCCGUAGCUCCGACGACCCGUAACUCUGUUAUUGGAACCAGAGCCAUGGAUAAACAGAAGCUUCGGUCAGGUCGGGCCGUGGUGGCGUCUUCUUGAACAGGGUGUGUGAGUGGAAUGCACAGCUGCUACUUUAUGGAAAACUUUAGGCUUUAAGUGUCGUCUCCUCCUCCAGGGUAUCACUUCAUUCUAUACACAGGUUCAAUAGCAACGGUUUAUAAAAAGAGAAAAUUAGUGAUAGGAAAACCCUGAACGGCCCAGAAUAGACAGAGAUGAAGGCAGAGGAGGUUUGUUGAGCAGAUGUUUACUCUUGAAGUUCUGCUCGGACUAAUUGUAGUAAUGACUUCAUGGAGUUGUCUAAAUACUUAGAGGAUGAAAACAUCAGUGCUUAUUGUGAUAAUACUUGAAACAGGGUUUUAAAAUUCAGUAAUCUGAAUUUUAAGUCUUUUGAAAGAUGUUAAAAUAUCACAAACCAGGUUUUCUAUGUGUUCAGCUCUGUAUCAGUGUUGUGAUGUGUGUGUGUGUGUUACGAUACAGAUGUUAGCAAACUAAAAAACUAAAAUCACCUGGUAAAGACUGGAUACCUCCUCUCUGUCUGUAGUUUGACAGAUGUUCUCUACGCGCCUGCUUCUCCUUUUCUUUGAUUCUGGUGCAGUGUAGUCGAUUCUUGGACUCGGACAUUCCUUCUUAUCUGUUGUACUUGAAAUAGAAAAAUCUUAAAUUUCGUCUGUUACGGUCUUGAAGUCUGAAAUUGAUCCAGAAUGGAAAGUGAGUUGAUUGAUGAAUAUUCCAGUCGGUAAAAACACUACCUCUAAAUGACUGUAACUCUAACGCUGCUCCGUUACUGCCUCUCCACUCACAUACUCCAUGUGUUACUGACGGUGUUGCCCUCCAGCGACGCUCCUCCGCACCGGUCGCUGAGUUUGGUUUUACUGUAACGUGGCAACGACCAGACUCUGUUCAUCUAUGGCUCCGCCCACCGCUGUUCCCGCCCCCCUCCCCGUCUUACAGCAGUGAUGUAAUGUGACCAAGUCUAACCCCCGACCCCUUGACAAUAAUAACAAAGGAAAAAAAAACGCACAAUGUAUAGUUGAUGUAUAGAUGUUGUACCAUAACUGUAUUGGACCAUCUGUAUGAUAUCUUCUAUCUGAUCUGUCUCUUGGACCAUAGUGAUGAUGCUACUGUACUAUAGACACACGCACUACAAUAUCACCCAAACCAGGGACGACGGGGGGGGGUUCUGGCACCAGAGCGGCUCCGGUGGCUCCAGAUGUUCUCACUUGUUAGUAUUAGGUAACUGUCUGAUUAUCAUGGUGAAUAGUUCAACCUCUCUCAUCUCAACCUGGAGCUGUCGGAGCCGCCGCCCCCCUGGCUGAUUUUUUUACUCGCAGUGCAAUCGUCCGCCUCGGUGCCAGAACCAACCCACAUCACGCCGGGCGGUUCCCGGCUCAGCUCUGGCCCAGAACCCUAUAUCUGAGAGUUGUGCCACUGAAAUGACUGGAGGCCUCGAGGCGAUGUAGAAGGAGGAAGUCUCCUCGUCCAGUAGCAGCUCCGCUAACGUUUGUCGUGGGACAUUUUAUUUAUUUUUUGCUUCACUUCACACUCCACUGAGAACAGAAUGGAUGAUGGUUCCUAUUUUAAUUAAAUAUAUAAGAUUCCAGAGUCUUAACACUUGACGAGUGUUUGAAAUGACUGGUAGGAAAAGAAGACUGAAGGAAAUCUGUGAUCUAACGUCUUUUAUCUUCUUCAGCUGAUGAUUCUUCACUCUUUAGUUGAAUCGAAGCACGGUUGUGAUAUAAACGAUAUAUUUUAAAUUUUAAAUUAAAGCAUCAUUAAGGUGACUCCAUGUUUUUCCCAACAAAGAAAACAAAACAGUAAAAAGCAGCAGAUUGAACCGACAAAGACAAAAACGAUGUAAACAAUGAAAAAAUGUUAGAAAACAAUUGUUAAAGCAAACGUUUGUGAUGGAACGUUCCCAGUAACAUCGGGAAAAGUUUUAAAACUGUCAUUAAAGUUUUGAUUUCAGAAAGUCAGACACUUGAAGAUGGUCCACGCUGCGGUCGCCCGGUGGAAAACGUUUCUCUGGAUGACUUGAAACCGUCAUGUGGUUUCCCCUGUUGAUUUGACGCAGCUCUUAAAUGACGCCGGUCACAAUGAUCUAAUCUUGAUGACCGUCGUCUUCUGUUUCCUUCAGUGGAGUGUGACUGGAAAGAGAACAUGACUUGCGACAGUGGUAAUGAGCCGGUUUCAAACCUACGACGUUGCAAGAACUUGGCAUGUGCCUUAGCCCGCUGAGCUACCAGGGCACCACAGGAAAUGAGAUUUUAAUGAAACAUUUUUUUAAGUUGCCUCAGAUCUUUAUUUCUGUUUUUUAAUUUUUUAUUUCCUCCCUCGUUGCUUCCUGAUUUGAAUGUUCGGUAAACUUUAAACGACAGGAAACAAUUCCAGCUGACUGUGCUCAGCAACAACACGCGUGUGGAAACCAAAUAACUGGAGGCUUAAAAAGAAAAAAAGACAAAUCCAGAUGCCGUCAGUGUCUCACCUGAGCUUGAUGUAAGGUUCUGGGCAGGCCAGUGUAAUUCUGUACUGCUGUUGUUUCUCUAUGGACUGUACUGUGAUACUGCCUUAGGAACCGAACAUCAUAACAUCACAUACCGCUCACUGAGGGAGAGAGGGGAGAGAGGGGAGGAAGGGAGGAAGGAAACGUGAGAUGUCUUAAAUGUAGAGGUCCUUUCUAUCGACUGCACAUUUCUGUCCUGCAGAGCGAGAAAUGAGACAGAACAUUUACGUAGAUCUUCUGUUUGAAUCUUUAAAAAUGUUUCAUGUCAUGAUCUUUUUCAUUAUCUAUUAAGAUUAGUUUUUAAUUAACCUUUAACAAACAAUUCAAAUCCCAAAGAAAUUCAAUUUGUAACUCGAGUGGUUCUCAUUUGAGCUCAUUUCCCAACAUUCCCAACUUUAAACCACAUUUUAAUUCUCUAGAUUUCUCUGGAUUUUUCUGCUCCAAAUUUUCAUUUGUUCGUUUCUAGAGAGAAGUUUUUGCGUAAUCCUGCUGACAAACAAAAAAUUAAAACUUCUCCUCCUCGGCAGAAGUAAAAAAUUUAAAACACAGAAAAGCAGCAAAUCUCCACAGUUUUUCUUGAUAAAUGAAAAAUAAUGAGUCAAAGCUGCUUCAUUGUUCAUUUUCUUUUUAGACGUCUUGGACUUUACUGGCGGAGGACAAGAGAAAUGCAGUCUCAUUGAAAUCGUCCAUGUUGAUUUUUGUACUCGUACAGUUCUGUCGUGCCGCUGUAGCACUGGUGGUCAUAUCAGUAACACUCAGCUUAUGUGCACUAUCCAAUCCUCUGCUUCCUGCUAACGACCAGUCAGCUGUACUAUCGGGUCAAAGUGUGUCUACCUGUCGUGUCCGUGUGAGAGUGUGUGUGUGUAUAUAAAUGUCUUAUGGUCACAGGGUUUUUGUGUGUGUGUGUGUGUGUGUGUGUGCAUCUGAAAUGAAAGACGAAAUCCCUGAAGAGACGGAGAAUGAAGGGUUUAAAAAAAAAAAGAAAAGAAUAUUAAAACAGUAGCAGAGGAGGGGAGGUGGGGUUUGUGUGAGUCACAGUGUUGCAACACUCUGAUGAACCAACAGGACCGUCUCUGCCCUGGACUGAUUGAAAGUGGGACGUCCCUUGACGCCUCAUGUCUCCUUGUUCUCUUCCUCCCCUUCCACCUGUCAGAACAUCCCCCCCCCCCGCAGCGCUAGUUGUCGUGUUGCUAUUUUUAUCCUCGAGUGUUUGGGUGUUACUUGUGAAACUCGUCCCCAGUUUCGCUCCAUCUCUCUGCUCCAUCUUGUUCCCGAGCCGGUCCCAACAACCUUCCUCCAUCUCCUGUCUCCUGUGUCCUGUCUCCUGUGUCCUGUCUCCUGUCUCCUGUCCUGAACUCUUGCUCCAUCCUAACCGCUGCUCUCCGCUUCACCUCAUCUGUUCAACAUCUGGACCGAGUCGCACCAGCUCGUUCUGAGUAACCAGUGGUUUAAAAAAUGAGACUCCUGAGACUCCGGAGCUUUGAACCGUGAGUCCUGAGGUGAACUGGUGCUUCUAGGUUCUUCAAGCUGGUGAAGUAAAGGGGAGGGAUUGUACGUUUCAGUCUAACUUAUUCUUUAAGAGGAAUAUUGGUUUGAGAAGCUUGAAGAUUUCUGUUAUUUGGCUGAACUGUGGUCGAUGUUAAACAUUUUAACUCUCCAGCUUCAAGUUUUCACUCAAGAAAGUUAAAAGGAUUUUUCUCUUUGCCCCUGGUUUGUAACUGACAUGGUAACAAGUGACGCAGACUUCCCAUGGGGCUUUGCUUUGACACUCAUCGCUGUUCACGCUCCCACCCGUCCUCAUUGUCCCUCCUCCUUGUAACUGUUUAACGAUAAAAACUGCAGCCGCCCAACUGCCCGUCUCCGACUGUGGUCCUCUCCUCUCCUCUCCUCUCCUCUCCUCCGACGGUUUCAUCUCCACCAUCUUGUUUUUGUGUUCUCGGUGGCCAAAACAAAAACGAGGAAAUGUAAUAAUCAUUGUUUGGUAACUGUUUUUAGUGCUAUGUUUUUGGAGCGUUACGAGUAUUUUCUAACAUGUUACAAUAAAAGAUUGUAGUGUACAAAUUCACGUUUAUAAAAUAUAUAUAUAGAUAUAUAUGAGAAAUGUAUGUUCUAAUGCA